UUCUGCUCCAUUUUGUCCUCUCUGUCAGUGGCCACCUGUCGUUAGGAUGACCAAGCCAUCCACCUGCAUAGGUCAUGCAUCUCCUGAGAACAAGGACCUUCCCGGCGGUGACCCCAAGGCAAUGCUCUCAGCCUCGGGCACUGAACCGGGCUGUCCUACCACCCCGCACAGGGCACACUCGAGCUUUGCCAGCUGUGCCCGUGAGUCGCCACGUUCGGCAUUUUUCCGGAUCGGACAGAUGAGCAACGUGGACCUGGAUGAUGAGCUGCUCAACCCGGACCUGGAGCCCCCUCAGCCGCUCCCCAAGGAGAUCCCUCACAAUGAGAAGCUCCUGUCCCUCAAGUACGAGAGCCUGGACUACGACAACAGCGAGAACCAGCUCUUCCUGGAAGAGGAGCGACGGAUCAACCACACGGCCUUCCGGACGGUGGAGAUGAAGCGCUGGGUCAUCUGCGCCCUGAUCGGGAUCCUCACGGGCCUCGUGGCCUGCUUCAUUGACAUCGUGGUGGAGAAUGUGGCCGGCCUGAAGUACAAGGUCGUCAAGGACAACAUCGACAAGUUCACGGAGCGGGGUGGGCUGUCCUUCUCGCUUUUGCUGUGGGCCACGCUCAACUCUGCGUUCGUGCUCGUGGGCUCCGCAAUCGUCGCCUUUGUGGAGCCAGUUGCCGCUGGCAGCGGGAUCCCCCAGAUCAAGUGCUUCCUCAACGGGGUAAAGAUCCCGCACGUGGUCCGGCUCAAGACCCUCGUGAUCAAGGUGUCUGGAGUGAUCCUGUCCGUGGUGGGUGGCCUGGCAGUGGGAAAGGAGGGGCCGAUGAUUCACUCGGGCUCUGUGAUCGCCGCCGGGAUUUCCCAGGGGAGGUCAACGUCGCUGAAGAGAGAUUUCAAGAUCUUCGAGUACUUCCGCAGAGACACGGAGAAGCGAGACUUCGUCUCGGCAGGAGCCGCGGCCGGAGUGUCCGCUGCAUUUGGAGCCCCUGUGGGUGGGGUCCUGUUCAGCUUGGAGGAGGGGGCCUCCUUCUGGAACCAGUUCUUGACGUGGAGGAUAUUCUUUGCUUCCAUGAUCUCCACGUUCACCCUGAACUUUGUCCUGAGCAUCUACCAUGGCAACGUGUGGGACCUGUCCAGCCCGGGGCUUAUCAAUUUUGGAAGAUUUGACACAGAGACGAUGGUGUACACGAUCCACGAGAUCCCCAUCUUCAUCGCCAUGGGCGUGGUGGGUGGUAUCCUUGGGGCCGUGUUCAAUGCCUUGAAUUACUGGCUGACGAUGUUUCGAAUCAGGUACAUCCACCGGCCCUGCCUUCAGGUGAUCGAGGCCAUGCUGGUGGCUGCCGUCACAGCCACCGUCGCCUUCGUGCUGAUCUACUCCUCGCGGGACUGCCAGCCCCUGCAGGGCAGCUCCGUGUCCUACCCCCUCCAGCUCUUCUGUGCGGACGGCGAGUACAACUCCAUGGCCGCGGCCUUCUUCAACACCCCCGAGAAGAGCGUGGUCAGCCUUUUCCACGACCCUCCAGGCUCCUACAACCCCAUGACGCUGGGUCUCUUCACCCUGGUCUACUUCUUCCUGGCCUGCUGGACCUACGGGCUCACGGUGUCUGCCGGCGUCUUCAUCCCGUCCCUGCUCAUCGGGGCCGCCUGGGGCCGGCUCUUCGGGAUCUCCCUGUCCUACCUCACCGGGGCCGCGAUCUGGGCGGACCCUGGCAAAUAUGCCCUGAUGGGAGCGGCUGCCCAGCUGGGUGGGAUCGUGAGGAUGACACUCAGCCUGACUGUCAUCAUGAUGGAGGCCACCAGCAACGUGACAUAUGGCUUCCCCAUCAUGCUGGUUCUGAUGACCGCCAAGAUCGUGGGGGACGUCUUCAUCGAGGGCCUGUAUGACAUGCACAUCCAGCUGCAGAGCGUGCCCUUCCUGCACUGGGAGGCCCCUGUCACCUCACACUCGCUCACUGCCAGGGAGGUGAUGAGCACGCCGGUCAUCUGCCUGCGGAGGAGGGAGAAGGUGGGCGUCAUCGUGGACGUCCUCAGCAACACGGCCUCCAACCACAACGGCUUCCCCGUCGUGGAGUUAGCCGAUGACAGCCAGCCGGCCCGGCUCCGAGGCUUGGUCCUGCGCUCCCAGCUGAUCGUCCUCCUGAAGCACAAGGUGUUCGUGGAGCGCUCCAGCAUGGGCCUGGUGCGGCGGCGGCUUCGGCUCAAGGACUUCCGGGACGCGUACCCGCGCUUCCCCCCGAUCCAGUCCAUCCACGUGUCGCAGGACGAGCGUGGGUGCACCGUGGACCUCUCGGAGUUCAUGAACCCCUCGCCCUACACGGUGCCCCAGGAAGCGUCCCUCCCUCGGGUCUUCAAGCUGUUCCGCGCGCUGGGCCUCAGGCACCUGGUGGUGGUAGACAACUGCAACCAGGUGGUUGGACUGGUGACCAGGAAAGACCUAGCCAGGUACCGGCUCGGGAAGGGGGGUCUUGAGGAGCUCUCCCUGGCCCAGACGUGAGGCCUCAGUCCCUCUCGGGGGCCCCUACCUCACUCCCCGGGUCAGCAGUGGACCCAGCGUCCCCCCCAUUCCUCGGGACGCGUGUGUGUCUGUGUGUGUGCGCCUGUGAGAGCGUGAGCGAGCCGGGCCCCGUGGGUCCCAGUGCUGCCGGCCCUCAGGGCAGGGCCAUCUGCUGCUUGUGCGCCGUCCGCCCCCCUGCGGGCCGGCCCAGAAGGACCACGCUGUGCGUCACCAGCUGGGGCCCGGGUGACGCGCGGCUGCUACAGAGACCCGUGGCCCUGUCCCUUCGGCUCGUUCUGUGACGAUGAGGUGAUGGGCCUGGGCACUGGACCCUGUCUGGCAGAGUCCCCGGCUGGACGCCUGGAGGCGGGGCCCCCAGGCCACGGACCCUGUAGCCGGCUCUGGAGAGAGUUCAGUUCUUCUGCCACACUCACCACGUGGCCCCUCUGGGGUCUCGGCCAGAGAGAAAGCUGAGAACAUCCACGGGGCAAACGCCUCUGUCACCCCGAGCUGCGGUCCAGAUCCACAGCUGUCACCGGAGCGCACGGCACUGAGAGAGGCUCUCGGAGCGCAUGGGGGCUCCCACAGCCUCCCUGGAUCGGGGCUUGUGCUCCAGGCCUGGGGUGGGUGGGCUUGGGGAUGGGUGGGUGAGCCCAGAGCCGGGAUGCUGUGCUCCUCCCGGCCUAGGUGGGGCAGAUCUGGUGUCGUGUGUUCCUGGGGCCUGCUUGAGACUAGGUGACAUGGGUGACAUUGUGGUAGCUGGGGAUGGGGCGGGGGGCAAUUCACCUUGGUUCUGGGCCCUUUCAAGGGAGCGGGGCCUCAGAAAGCUUGUCUCUUCUUGGUGGGAGCCCCCUGGGGGACGCAGUGGGGUGAGUGCGGGGGCCUUGAGAGGGAGAAAUAAAGGAAUCAUACCCUCCCAGCCACAGCCGGCCUCCUCGUUCCUGCCCAGCACGAGCCACGGCCCAGCACUGGGGGGCUUGCAGGGCCCCUGCGUGGGGGCGUCUCGGGUGGGGCCUCCUGGACGUGCAGUGCAGGGACCCCUCGGGGAGGGAGGAGGGAAAGACGCAGAAACCCACGCGUGAAGAAGCAGUUGUGGCCGGCCCGCGCCUACGGGGUGUGCUGGCACCGGCCACCGGAUGGCCGCACGGCCAGUGUGGCAGUUUCCUGCCCCUGGGCCCUUGUCUGGACGCCGCUCUGGGCCGUGAGGGGGGUGGUGUGGCCACAGGCGGGGCCCUGCCAUGGCAGCUUUGGAAAGGUCCUCGGACAAGGGGCUGAAUUUAGAGCAUCCGCCUUGUGCUCUUCGUGGGUGGGCUUGGGUGACCAGGCAGGGGGAGCACCGAGCCGGGCUGGGAGGACCUAGUGUGAGAAAGCGUGCACGUCGUGGUUUGCAUUGAUGACACAUUGAAGGGGCUGCGCCUUCCCCACGUGGGAUGAAAUAAAGCGCACUAUGGAAA